AAAAAAAAGGAAAAGAAGAAGAAGAAGAAGAAGAAGAAGAAGAAGAAGAAGAAGAAAAAAAAAAAAGUUCGAACUGUUCCGUGAGCAGCGCAGAGCUCAGAUAGCGCAGAUUGUAGACACGGAGACGGGAGACAGUCCGCAGAUUAUCCGGCAGGAGGCUUGAACGCGAACGGUAGCCUGCGUGAGUCACUACAGGUCCGCCUGCUGAAGGUGUGCUGCUGCUGCUGCUGCUGCUGCUGCUGCUGCUGCUGCUGCUGCACUUUAGGCUGAAGUUUGCGCACCUGAGAGGAUUUGCAAUAGAGUAGUGGAGGUCUACCUGCGGCGCAAGAAUAACACAAAAGCGCAAUAAGAAAUAGCCUUCACGAGCAGGAAGAAACCCAUUAUUCUAACUGGCGCUAUCUGUGAGAUGCUUUAGGUUAGUUUUCGGGAGCCUUGUUGCGCUUUGUCUUUGCCAACUCUUCUCUGGAUAUCCCCCCCCCAAAAAAACAACAUCUCCAGUCAGAGAGGAUUUUUUUUUUCUGUCUUGGUGCCUUUUUAUUGCGAGGAUUUUAAAAAGAGGGGGCAAGGGGUUCAGAUCUCAAACAGUCCCCUCUUUCCUGGACCAUGUACCAGGACUACCACGGGAACUACGACACCUCGUCCCGCGGCAGCAGCACCUCUCCGGCCCAGCCAGAGUCAUUCACGAGCGGCAGCAGCACGAUCGGAAGUCCGAUCUCUACCUCAAACUACCAGAAGUACAGGGUCGACAUGCCCGGCUCCAACAGUGCCUUCAUACCCACCAUUAAUGCAAUCACGACCAGCCAAGACCUGCAGUGGAUGGUGCAGCCCACGGUCAUCACCUCCAUGUCAAACCCGUACUCCCGUUCCCACCCGUACGGCCACCACCUGCCCAACGGGCCGGGGCUACUGGGACACAACACGCUGGCUCGGCCCGGGGUCAUCCGCUCCAUAGGCGACGCCAGGGGCCGACGCAAGAGGGACGAACAGCUCUCCCCGGAGGAAGAGGAGAAACGGAGGGUGAGGCGCGAACGGAAUAAGUUGGCCGCCGCCAAAUGCCGCAACCGUAGGCGAGAGCUCACAGAGAUGCUGCAAGGGGAGACUGAAAAGCUGGAGGAGGAGAAAGCGGACCUGCAGAAGGAGAUCGAGAACCUGCAGAAGGAGAAAGACAAGCUGGAGUUCAUGCUGGUUGCCCACAAUCCCGUGUGCAAGCUCCCCAUCGACGAGCGCCACCAGCAGCACCAGCAGCACCAGCAGCACCAACACCAGCACCAGCACCAGCACCAGCAGCAGCAGCAGUGCGCCCCGCUCCCGCUGACCAUGCGCCCCAACAUGGCCAACCGGGCUCAGAUGAACCACGUGGUCGUGAAGCAAGAGCCGGACGACAUCGUGGAUGUGGGCAAGCCCCAGCGCUCCGUCAUCAAGCCCAUCUGCCUGGGCGGCGGCAUCGUCAGCGGCGGGAUGUACUGCACGGAUGGGGACAGCCUCAACACGCCGGUGGUGGCGGCAUCCACUCCGGCCGCCACGCCCAACGCUCCGAACCUCAUAUUCACCUACCCGAGCAUGCUGGAGCCCGAGAGCCCCUCGCCCUCCUCCGAGUCCUGCUCCAAGGCCCACCGGCGCAGCAGCAGCAGCGGGGACCAGUCCUCAGACUCCCUCAACUCUCCCACCCUCCUGGCCCUCUGAGCGAGGGCCGCGCUCGGCCGGCUGAGAAACAAACACUGUGGCUGGCUGCAAGCUUGAGGAUCAACUGCGCCUCCCCUCCCCCCCUUUUUAAAGACCCAAGAGCACAUUCAAAAGUCCAGACCAAGCUGACCAUGUGAGCCGUCCCACCUCCCAACCCCCCUCUGCAGGGAGACCCACAAGGGCUACGCCGCGUGUUUCUUCUUGUUCUGCUUCAGUGUACUUUUUAUUUUUUAUCCGUUAAGAGUGUGUGCACCAAUCCUAAAAAGAGUAUCCUCCCUUCGCCAUUUCAACUCCAGAGUGUCAACUUGUUUACUGGGAAGACGAUUCUAAAGAGAAACACGACGCAAUCUGGCAAUUGUGAGUCAACAGGACCGCAACCAGGGUGCGCGUUAAUAUAUAUAUAUAUUUUUAAGCAAAUGUUUCAAAAGCCAUGUGACCAACACUUGCACUCCGCCAAGACGAAUCAAUAAAUCACUAAACGAGGUCAGCAUUCUACUGGGGUUUCUGAGGAAAGAAGGAGACAACGAGCAAAGACUUCCUCUGGUCUCCUUUUCCAUUUAGAGUUCAUAACAUGGACCUUUAUUCAGGAAUCGCUACUAGCAGUGUGUCCACAUUGCUGAUGCUAUUUCCAUCUCUUUAAUCGUAUUUAUGGCCCGUGCUGAUUCAAUUUUACAAAGUGUUUUGUUGAGACAUCGUCCUCUCCUUAAUCCGCCUGUAGAAAAGCAAAAUGGUUGUCCAUGCGGCGACCGAGGCACUCAUCAGUGUUGCAAAGGAUCACGAGCCAACUUUCAAUCAAUGACUAGUUCCUCAAUACUCUAUACCUUCUAUUUUUGCCAUAGCGGCUUGACUUUACAGUAGUAUCGGUGUGCUUUUCCUCAGUGAUUCUGUACCUGAACUUUUACAACCUGUUUAUGACAAAGUGUAUGUGAUUUACAUUGAUGUCAGGGAUAUCUCUCAUGUGUAGUAGAACCCCAUCGUGAAGAACGUCGCGCGACUGCGGGGCGGCUGUGCGGUCUAGAGGUGGUGAUACACAGUACGCUGAGGGAUGACAAUCUUCAUCGCCUCAUUGUGUCCCGUAGGGGAAAAGGUUUGACUUUUUCCACUCGGACGACACAAACGUUUCAACAAAGCCCUCCUCUACCAGAUUCUGACCUUCUUUUCUGUGUUUGACACAUUCUCUCUAGAUAAAGGUCUUACUGCCUCUUGGGGCAAGUCAGGUUUCAAAAGCUCCCAAAAAGGUUUGUUUGACACGUGUAAUCCUGUAAUUUGUCCGUCUUUGUCUAAAAAGGAGGGGAUUUUGCUCAAAUUUGGGGAAAAAAAGCCACUGUGGUCUAGGCCGUCUCUAGCUGCCAAUGAUGUCAACCCUGUUUAUACUGUGUUUGUACAUCUGUCACUUUUAGUAAAUCAAUUCAGUCAAUGAUGUUUAAAUCUAAGUCAGACGUGCUGAUUUUUUACGGGUGUGUGAACGUUUGCCAACACGGAGGUACUCUGUAGAAACUUUGUGGAGGCCAUACCGGCUUUAAACAAGGGGUCAGACACAGUUCACAAGAAAUGGACUCCUUUUUUUUUUACAGCUGGCCUGAGAUGAAAGAGGGGACACCUCGAGAAGUUGUAAUAUCUCUGAAGUUCUAAGAAGCACUUCUUUUUUUUCGUCGUUUUUACGUGUGUGUAUCUUUAAAGGGAUGAGGGUUUUCAAUACUGUGCACUGAGAGGGACACAACAGCAAUGUUGGGGGCUUAUUUUUUAGUUCACUUCAAACAUUCCUAAUGUCAGGGGUUUAAAGGGGGGGGGGGGUCCUUUUCUGUUAUUAGAGGAGAAAAAGUUGUGCUUGGAAGACGUUUGGUUGUGCCGGAUGAAGAAAAACAGACUUUGCAAUUCAAAAACAGCUGCUGCUACUUUGGAAAGAACGCGUCGGCUGUUUCUCUUGUUUGGUUUAACAUCACCGGCUGUGACAUCGUGUGGAUGCAGGGAAGCGGGGG